AUGAAAUCAUUUAUUUCAUAUGGGAGCAUUUAUUCACAUCAAGGAAGUCUGAUUUCAUUCAUUUCAUCAUUUUUCUCAUCGCCAGUUCGGAUGUUAAUACUUGGUUUAGACUCUGCCGGGAAAACGACGAUUCUCUAUCGCAUUUCAAGUGGGGUGACCAUCAUGACUGUACCAACGGUUGGGUUUAACUUGGAGGAAUUGGAAUACGAAAAGAUGAAAUUUAAAGUCUGGGAUUUGGGGGGACAAGAAUCCCUCCGCCCAUAUUGGCGAUGUUACUACUCGAACACCAACGCGAUCAUAUUUGUCGUGGACUCGUGCGAUAAAGAACGAAUGGAACUCGCAGGCAAAGAACUUCAUUUUAUAUCACAAGAAAAAGAACUCAAAAACUCCGUCAUAGCCGUUUUUGCAAACAAACAAGACGAUGUUGCGCAUGCGAUGCCUGUGGAAGAGAUCGCAACAGUGUUGAAAUUGACUGAAAUGAAAGAUGUGACUUGGUCGAUAUUUAAAACGAGUGGAAUCACUGGGGAAGGCAUAAUGGAAGGAAUGAGUUGGAUUGCAAGUAAGUGCAAAUGA